AUGUCAGACGUUCGGAAAAUCUUUAUUAUGAAAACAGCAGGAAACUACUUUGGGCUUGAUGCAUUUGAUGAAAAUAUUAUUUUAAAAUCUGGUACCGAACACUUAAACUCUUUCUUGAACUCUUCUAAUUGUUGCACAUUAUACAUAAAAAAUACAGACCCCGAAACACUUGAAGCAAAUGACAAAAUCGCUUUUCAAAAAAAUCAGAACAACAAAGUAGUAGUAUUUUAUAAAACACGAUCUGAAAGUAUAACAGAAGAUAAUUUACACUCAAUUAUAUGCGUGUAUUCCAUGUUAGAUUCUCCAACAGAAGCACUCUAUCAUAGUUUGCAUCAUAUAUACACACCUUCACUUUUAAAAGAUACGGAAUCGGAUAUAAAACUCGACCCGACAUUACAAUGUCUGAUUUCAGACCUCGAAAUGGGAUUAAAAACUACAAUUUUAAAGUCAUCGCAUCAUCAAUCAAAUAAUUCAAUUGAACCUCAUUUAGGAGCUAUUCUAGAUAUCGAGGAUGAAAGUGACUAUUGGUGUGUUGUACAAAAACAUACAAAAAAUAAAGAAGAAUCAAUCGCAGCUAGAAAAAUAUGUUCUUUAUUUUUACCCGUAACAAAACAAUUAAAAGAAUCGUCCAUCCAGGACAUGGAGGAAUGCUUAGAAAACGUACACAACUGUCUCGAUGACAUAUGGAAAAUCGAAGAAAUUAAAUAUCCUCAAACCAGAAUGGAACAUUUAUUUGAAGUUAUCGGAAAUGGAAUGAUAAAACUAAUUCAACGAACAACAAGUGAUAUGAAUAUAUGGACUGGAGAUCAUAAUGAAAAUAUCGAUGUGUUUAAAAUGUGUAUGAAAACCUGUAACAAAUGGAUUAAAACGUGUGAACAACUGACUAUGUUGUAUUGGCCUAACUACACUUAUCAUAAAUGGAUUGGUCCAAAAUUUUUGCCGAAAAACUUAAUCACAUUUUCCAAUCACAUUAAAGAAAUAAUAUCAAUAUUAUGCGUAAAUAAACAAAUGAUAAAAUUAUUGACUGCCUACGAGCAAGAAAAAUUAAGAACAUCAGACAAUUUGAAAUCAUUUAUCGAAUUCAAUGACGUAAGUCAGUUAAAUACUUACACAAAACAGAAAUGGGAAGCUGCUGUGGAAAAAUUUGAACAAAAAUUGCAACCAGCUGAAGAUUUAAUUGCUGGGAAACUUCGAAAUUUGAUUAAUAGUAAAAAAUCAAACACCGUAGAGCUUAUUCAUGAAUUUACUCACUACCAAGAAAUAAUAGAAAGGCCAAAAAUGUAUGUUCAACUCAAAGGAGAAUUGGAAAAUUUUCUGAAUUGCCUAAAACAAAUUAUCAGUGUAAUAGGAGAUAAUAUUGAUGGAGAACCAAAAAUGAAUGUUCUAGAACUAGCAGGUUUAGAACCGAUCGUACGAAAUUUAUAUUCGUUGAAACAACAGGAAGCUAAGUUAAAUGACAUCGAAAAAGUAAGCGAUCGCAUUCUAGUUAAUUUAAAUGAUUAUCAAAAACUGAAAGACGCAUUAACGGUUCAAAAGAAAAUGAUUAACAAUAUGGUUACAGAGACCUAUGGUAAUUGGAUAAAAGAUAGAAGAUCUGCAGUCAUUAACAAAAGUUUUAGGUUAAAUUCUGAUGAGCCUGUGAUUUAUUUUCAAUCCAAUAAGCUGAUGAAAGUCAAUUUUAAUCCAGAUAUAGAAUUACUAAUUAGAGAGGUAAAAAUGUUAAAAAUUCUUGGCUACAAUAUUCCGUCGGAGAUAGUAAAUGUGUCGGAUAUGGGAAGCAAAUUUAUACGGCAAGCAAAAUCUCUCGAACAAAUAGCUUCGUUUCAUAAUACAAUAGGAGAUCGAAUGAUCUCUUCUCAAAGGCCUAUGAUGUUGUCGUCAGCAAUUGAGUUGUUAAAUCUAGUUAAACAGCAACAACGCGUCACAUGGACCGAUAUCGAUUCUGUUGAUAUUUACAUACUUGAAAUGCGAAAACUAAUGGAGAAAAUAUCACUUGAAAAUCAAACGUUAGCUAAUUACCACCAAUCCAUAUCCAAUAAGAUUAUAAAUCUUAUGAGCAUUGAUAUCUUGCAAGAACAACAACAAUGGAAGGUCGGAUUAAAAAGCAUCAGAGAUAUUGUGAGCCAAGUCGAGGAAAAAUUCUCCAACUGUGAAGCAUGGAAAACACACUUAGAUUUUCAAAUAUACAAAGCCUUAAACUAUAGAUAUCAAAUAGGACUAGAAGCUUUAAAUCAACAUUUGCCAGAUUUUAGAAUAGAAAUUGUGUACAGGCAAAGACAGUUAAAGUUUAACCCUCCAAUAGAAGAGAUUAGAAUGAAGUAUUUUUCUCUUCUGAAAAAAUUUAUAUCAGUACCAAUUGGUUUUCGUGGUAUAGUGGAUUCGUCUGUUUCAAUAUUUGCAUCCAUUGUAGACCGUAAUGCUCUCAAAUUUACUAAGUUAUUCUUAAGAGCCGAACAGUUAUUUGAGAGAUUAGAAAAUAUUUUAAAAGAAUGGGAAAAUAGAGUUUCACUUGGGUCAAUAGACAUUGAGAAAAUGAUUCAAGAAAAUAUUAAGACGGCCCACGAAUGGGAAAACAAUUUUAGAUCCUCAAAAUCGUGGGGUCAACAGAUUGCUAAAUUUAACUGCGCUGAGUUAAAUGUCGAGUGCUUUAUUGUUAGCACUGCAGCAGUGCGUUUAGAAUUGGAGACGCACAAUCGUCGUUAUUGGGAUACAAUGUCUACAUUACUGCAUUCAUCGAUUUUAUUUGACAUUGCUAGGUUAAACAAAUUUAUUGAAGAAUCUACCAACAUGCUUCAACAACAAACUUCAUCCACAAAACAAGUUAACAAUAAUCAUAAAAAAAUAGUUGACGAGUCAUACGAAAUGAAUCUCAUAGUCUUGGAAAUUAUAAAAAAACAAAAGGUUUUAUCGAAUUGGACAAAUGAAAAAGUCGAUAAAAUGAAUCAGGCCUUAUCCAGUUGGGAAAACUUUAAAAAUAUGCUAGAAAAUCAUCAAAUGGUUAUGAAACAGCAGAUAGAUGCAAUGAAAAGUAAUUUAACUGCGGAAAUGCAAACCGUCUUAAAUAUGUUCGAUGCAUUUCAUUCGAAGUGGCAACAAUAUAGACCAAAAGGGUUUGAAGACGAAAAUAGUUCAAAGUUGAAAAAUAUAGUUGAAUUUUUAAAAGACAGUCGUGCCGAAUGGAAUACGCUAAAAGAACAGAAAGAAAAAAUAGUAAAUGACUGCAAAGAUGCUUACAUUGAUAUACCAGACUUCAGUUCAUAUGAUUCAAUCGAAAAUGAUUUGCUACAUUCUGAAAACAUAUGGGGCCUUUAUGAUGAAUUUAAUUCAGAUUUGCAAAGCAUCGGACAAGAAGAAUGGAUUGUAUUUCGUGGAAAAGCUUAUAAAAAAUGUAUGGAUUUUAUUUUAAAAUGGCAAGAGAAACUUAAAGAAACGACUACAUCUCCGUUAACAAUUAAAAUACACAACGAAUUAGAAACCUUAAAAGCCUUUUCGCUUUGCAUUAAAUAUGUCCAGGGAGAAACCUUUACAGAAAAACAUUGGAUCGAAAUGUUUUCAUUAAUUGGAAUUCCGUAUAAGCAUAUUGAACAAUUAAAAUUUGAGGAUUUUAUUUUUGUAAAAGAUAAAAUCAAAGAAAAACUAACUAGUUUACAGGAAUUAAAUACUAAAGCAACUAAUGAAAUUACAAUCAGACAAGCACUGUCAGAGUUAGAUGUAUGGGAAUUUGAAACUCAUUUCUCUACUAUAAACUAUGUCGAUUCUAAAGGCCAUACUAUUCGGAUCAUCAACGAUUUUAAAACUAUAUUCAGCUCGAUUGGAGAGAAACUAUGUUUAUUACAGUCAAUUAAAAAUACUUCAAACGAUGAACAAUUUCUAGACAAGUCUAAUGUGUGGGAAGUUAAAUUAAUGGAACUCGACGCAUACCUAAGACAAUUUUCCCAUAUACAAAGAAAAUGGCUAUACUUAGACCCAAUAUUCGGUAGUGGUGCAUUGAAAAUUGACAAAGAAGUAAAAUUGAGAUUUGAUAGAGUGGAUAGAGAUUUUAAAUAUAUAUUACAGCAAUCUUUAGAUUCAAAAGUAUUACAGUUUUUGAAAAUAAAUAACAUAAAACAUUUGUUGGAAUCCAUGCUUAACUUAUUAGCAACAACGAAAAAGAGUUUAAACGAUUUUCUAGAGGAUAAAAGAAAGAGUUUUCCGAGAUUUUACUUUCUCAGUGAUGAAGAUCUAUUAGAAAUGAUUGGGCAAACAAAAAAAGUAUCUGUAGUACAAGCCCAUCUUAAAAAACUAUUUAGUGGCGUAAGAAACGUACAGUUCAACUCGUCUGGAAAUAUAAUAGCAAUAGAAUCACCUCAAAAUGAAAUAGUAAACCUUGACAAGCCGGUUCAAGUUUCCAAUCAAAUUGAGGAAUGGCUUAAAUUGCUUGUUCAAGAAAUAACUAAUACGUUGAAAACAUGUUUUAUGAAUUGUCUAAAAGAACUAGACCCUUUGAAAUACCCGUCACAGAUUUUAUGUAUGGUAAAUGAAGUCCUCUUCAGUUCAAGAUGUGAAGAGGCAAUAAAAAAACAACAAUUACAGCAAUUACAAAAGUCUCUAAAAAAUCAACUAGAUACUUAUACAGCAUUAAAUUUUGAAAGUACUGUAAGUGGAGAAAAUGUGCUACACUUAAAAAUAAAGGGCCUAAUUUUAGACACAAUACAUCAUAUAAGUGUAGUAGACGAACUUAUAAAUUUGCGAGUGUCAUCUAUCCACGAUUGGGAAUGGCAAAGAAGAAUAAGGUUUUACUCACAUUCUGGUGGUGAAAUAAUCAUUAGAAUGGUGGAUUCGGAAUUUACGUAUUCUUACGAAUACCAAGGGAUAUCGCCUAAACUGGUUCACACGCCACUCACAGAUAACUGUUAUCUAACACUCACACAAGCAAUGAGUAUGGGAUUUGGAGGAAAUCCAUACGGACCCGCUGGAACCGGAAAAACAGAAUCGAUCAAAGCUCUCGGAUAUCUAUUUGGCCGACAAGUGUUGGUUUUUAACUGCGAUGAAGGUAUAGAUAUCAGAUCUUUAACACGAAUAUUAAUCGGUUUGGCGAGGUGUGGAGCUUGGGGAUGCUUUGACGAAUUUAAUCGACUAGAAGAUUCCACACUGUCAAUGAUCUCAACAAGAAUACAUCCAAUACAAGAAGCGAUUAAAAACAAAGAAACUAGCUUCAUAUUAGAAAAUCAGAAGAUUGAUUUGAAUUUGAACGCGGGGAUAUUUGUAACAUUAAAUCCAGCAGGACAAGGUUAUGGUGGUAGAAAUAAAUUACCAGACAAUCUUAAGCAACUUUUCAGACCUGUAAUUAUGAGUAAACCAGACCAAACUUUAAUAGCUAACGUAACACUUCACGCCGAAGGAUUUAAACACCCGCAAACGAUAGCUAAAAAACUCGUAGAAACCUUUGAUUCUGCCAAGCAAUUGUUGAGUGAUCAACAACAUUACGAUUGGGGUCUUCGAGCUUUGAAGACGGUUAUUGGUUUUUGCGGUACAAUCUUAAAGGCUUCGGCGGUGACUUUAAAAUCACUUUCGGAGGAAUGUUCGGUGGCCGUACAAGCGUUAGAAUUGAACACGAUUUCAAAACUAACGUUUGACGACAGCGUACUAUUCAAAUCGCUUAUUUCAAAUAUAUUUCCUGAAGUAAAAGUCAUUAACAGCACUCAAAUAUAUGAUACAUUGAUUCAGAAAAUACGGAAAGCAGCCGAGGAUAUGGAAUUCCAAAUUAAUCCAAGACAAGAACAAAAAUGUAUUGAACUUUACGAACAAUUACAACAACGCAUGGGAGUGGUGGUAAUGGGUCCACCGUCGACCGGAAAAACAACAAUAAUUCAACUAUUGUCACGCGCCUUAACCACUAACAACAAUAUAAAAAUACAUAAAAUAAACCCAAAAGCUCAAUCACGAUCGCAAUUAUUAGGAAAAGUAGAUUUGGAUACACGUCAGUGGAUCGAUGGCAUAAUCAGUAAAGCUGCUCAACAAGCAUAUUCAGAAAAUCCCGAUAUCAUUUCUUGGAUAAUAUUUGAUGGAGAUGUGGACCCCGAAUGGAUAGAGUCGCUUAAUUCAGUCUUAGAUGAUAAUAGAUUAUUGACAUUACCAUCUGGUUGGAGAAUCCAAUUUGGAAAUAAUAUAAAUUUUAUUUUUGAAACUCACUCUCUUAGGCAUGCAUCUCCUGCGACCGUAUCGAGAAUGGGUAUAAUUCUACUCAGCGAAGAAGACACCAGUACAAAAAAUGUAAUUGAUUCUUGGAUUAAUAAAUUUUCCAAUAAUAAUAUUGUAAAAGAUUACGAAAUUCAAUUUUAUAAAGCUCUGAAAUGGCUGGAAAUCAACGGACAGCUUGUUUGUCCAUGUUCAACAAUAUCAACAGUAAAAAAUGUCUUACAUCUUUUAACCGACGUUAAAUCGAAAUCCCAUUUCACCAUUUGUCUAAUUAACGGAUUAGGAGCGAAUUUAAAUUCAUCGCAUAGAGAUAAAUUUACAGAAAUAGUUUUUGAAAUGUUUGGAGAGUAUGUGCCACAAAUGAAUGACACAAAAUAUUAUUUUUACAAUGAAACAAGAGAUAAUAUAGAAGCUUACAAUUCACUAGACACGGAAAAUUCAAAUUUAUUUGGGAACAAAAUCGGUGAUUUAAUUGAAACACCUAGAAUAGCAAACGCUUCUGAUAUUUUAGUCAAAUGGAUGCAACACAGCACAUCAAUUUUUGUUGUUGGGCCAUCGGCAUCGGGUAAAAGCAAAAUUAUUUUUAAAUCUACCAAUCUUUUAAGAGGUAUUGAAUGCGUAACAAUCCAUUGUAGUGCUCAUACUUCACCAGAACAGAUUUUAUUAAAAAUGUCACAGGUAUGUGUGGUAGUUUCUAACAACAAAGGAAGAAUUUAUCGGCCAAGAAAUUCAGAACGAUUAAUUUUGCAUCUCAAAAAUUUAAAUCACGUCAAACCAGAUAAAUGGGGUUCUAUUCAUUUAGCUGCAUUUAUACAACAAUUAAUUUUUUUUGGAGGAUUUUAUGACCCUGCUACUUUGGAAUGGAUGGGAAUUGACUCUAAUAUUGUAAUAAUUAAUAGUUUAACUUCAAUUGACGGCAUUAACCCAAGGCUUGUAUCAGCUAGUAACAUUUUACAUAUCGAAACACCACAAAAACAUGAACUUAAAAAGAUUUGUUUAGAAUACGUAAGCACAGUGAUUGAAGACAAUUCAGAAACAAUUACUAAUGCAAUAGUAGAUCUAUUAGUGAAGACUAGAGAAACGCUUACAUCAGUACAUACACCUCAUUACACAUUUACAAAUCAUAUUUUAGUGGAGUUAUGUCAAAAUCUAAGCCGAUACAAAUUUAAUGAUGGAAAUAAUGCAGCUCGAGUUUUAUUUUUCGAAGCAAAUCGUAUUUUUAAUGAUCGACUAGUGAAGUAUGAAGAUAAGUCAAAAUUCGAAGAAAUAAUUAACAAGAUUUAUUCAGAUCUUCGUUUGAAUUUCAAUUAUGAAGAUGUUGUUUAUAUAUGCCAAAGAAAAAUUGAUCCAAAAAAUAUUAGUUUACUAUCAAAAGUUAACGUGGAAGAAUGGAAAAAAAUAAUUGAAAAAUGUAUUGUCACAAAUGAAACCACGAAUCAGGAAGUUGAGUUGAACACAGAAUUACUAUACCUUAUUACAGCCUAUUGUGAAAGGGUUUUAACAAACCCUAGAGGGUGUCUGCUAUUGGUAGGACGUUCGGGAAUAGGACGAAACUUGGCCGUAAGAAUCGUAGCAUCCAGACAUAAUGCAACCGUCGUGUCGCCUAAAAUACGACCAGUUUUUAAUUUAAAUGCAUUUAAAAACGACCUUAAAACGAUAAUGCAAACAUGUGGGGUAGACAACGAAGAGGUUUAUUAUGUUGUCGAGGAAUAUCACAUUGUAAACAAUGAAGUAUUGGAUAUCGUAAGUUGUUUAAUAGUGUCUGGUGAAGUGAUGGGGCUCUAUCAAAAUGAAGAAUUAGAAUCGUUAUGUGCACCCCUCAAAGAUCAAAUGUCUCAACAGAAUUUCGACGGAACAUCGACCAAUUUUUUUACACAAAGAGUAAAAAAUAAUUUACACGUAGUAAUGAUUUUGGAUUCAGAAAGUGAAUUCUUCAACAAUUGUUUAGAAAACAGCCCAGCAGUGCUAGAUCACAGUCACGUCAUAUGGCUUGAUAGAUGGGAUGAAAAAACUAUGGAAAUAAUACCGGAGCUGAUAUUCAAAAAAAAUAAAAUAAUGGAUGAAUUUCCAAAUAUUAAAGAACAUAUUUCGUACUUUGCCAGUAUUCAUCAAGAAGCCGAAGCCUGGAUGAACACUUGUCCAAGACGCUACUUAUCAUUUUUACAAACAUUUAGUGUCUUAUUACUGAACAAACAAGAAUCGAUUAAUAAAAGAAUGGCUCAUUUAAAAGCUGGAUUAUCGAAGUUAAUUGAUGCCAGAAACAUUGUGGCAAAAUUGAAAUCUGACGCCGGAGCUCAAGAAACGAAACUAGCAGAAAAACAAGAAAAGGCCAAUCAAGCCUUGAAUAUGAUAUCUAGAACCAUGCAAGGAGCUAAUACGAAAAAAGAACAAAUGGAAAGUCUUAGAAAAGAAUUUCAAAUAAAAAAUGAUGUUUUAAACCAAAGGAAAAAAGAAAUCGAUCAAGAGCUUGCGCAAGUCGAACCAUUGAUUGAAGAGUCUCAGGCAGCCGUGAGCAACAUAAAAUCUGAAGCUCUGACGGAGAUCCGAUCACUUCGAGCACCACCAGAAGUGAUAAGGGACAUAUUGGAGGGAGUGCUGCGGCUUAUGGGCAUACAGGACACGUCAUGGAACAGCAUGAAAACGUUUCUGGCAAAGAGGGGCGUCAAGGAGGACAUAAGAUUUUUCGACGCGCGCAGGAUUUCGGAGUCCAACAGGGACUCGGUGGAGAGGCUUUUAAAGUCCAAACGCGAUUCGUUCGACUCAAAAAACGCGAAAAGGGCGUCGGCGGCGGCGGCCCCUCUGGCUUCGUGGGUAGUAGCCAAUGUCGAGUACUCUCACAUACUUCACAAAAUAAGACCAUUGGAAACCGAACACGCUUCGUUGAAAUCAAAAUUGCAAAAAGCCGAAGAGCAAAUAGAACUCUUAAGCGAUGGGUUAGACAGUGUCGAUAAAAAUGUGUCAGAAUUAAGGGAGCAGUUAACUGUCAACACUAAAGAAGCGGCAGAAAUCGAAUUAAACAUUAACAAAGAGAAAAAAACAAUAGAAGCAGCACAAAAACUUGUAGAAAAAUUAGAUGACGAAUUUUCGAGAUGGGGUUUACAGGUAAAUGAAUUGUCGUUAAGUUUAGAAAACCUGUUGCUGAGCACACUACUUGCGUCAGCGUUUGUGACAUAUUUAUCGGAAUGUUCAGAUAGUAUUCGCAAUGAAAAAAUUGAAAAAUGGAAGUACGAACUAAAAUCAAACGAAUUUACAUUUUCUAAAUUCAUGGAAUCUGAAUGUCAGAUACUGCAGUGGAUUACUGAAGGUUUGCCAUCUGACGAGACAUCUCAUCAAAAUGCCAUAAUACUAAAACAGAUUAAGACACUUCAAAUUUCGGCUAAAUUUUACCCGUUGAUCAUUGACCCUAAUAACAAUAUCAUGGAGUGGUUAAAAUUAAAAUUACCGGUAAAUUCAACAGAAUUUACGUCGUUUGAAAAUCCAAAAUUAUACUCAAGUUUAGAAUUAGCUGUUCGUUUUGGUAAAACGAUAGUAAUAUGUAACGUAAGCAAAAUCGAUCCUAUACUCGUACCAGUAUUGAGAAGUGACUUUAAAAUUGAAGGGAGCAGAAAAAUGGUCCAAAUUGCAGACCGCCUGGUAGAUUAUAACGAGAACUUCCAAUUAUACCUAUUCAGCAAUACCUCUGACUUGACCUUGUCCUCAGACCAAUCAGUACUAUUAACAAUUGUUAACUUUACUCUAAAUCAUAUUGGACUCACUGAACAACUUUUACGACACGCACUGAAAGUACAAAAUCCUAGAUUAGACUCCAUGCAUUUGGAACUGUUGCACACAGAAGAAGAAUUGAAAUCUAAACUUCAUGUACUACAAGAAAACGUGCUGAAGGACUUGGCUGGGGCACAAGGGAAUAUACUCGAAAAUCAAGAACUUCUUAAUUCACUAGACAGUAUAAAAACCAACAGCACAGAGAUAUCAAAAUCACUCGAUGAGUCGUUAAAAAUGCAGAGCAAAUUAGAGUUUGAAUGUCAAGUGUACAAACCGUUUUCCAGUUACGCUUCAAAAAUAUAUUUUGCGUUGAAAGAUUUGUUCGUCUUCAACCGUUUUUGUCAAAUCUCUAUGGCGACAUUUGUCAAACUGUUUCAGUCUACACUAAAAGAAUCCACCGGAGGUACGAACCAAGAGAAACGACUGUUGCACACGGUUUAUUAUUAUGUUUCGAGAUCGCUUUUCAAAGAUCAACGAUUGACAUUCGCCACAUACUUGUCAUAUAAAUUGAGUCCUAAGGAUUUUGGUUCUAAUGAAUGGGAAUUGUUCAUAGGAAAAAAAACAACAAAUAUUGACGAAGGGUUGAAUUACAAAGAUAAUAUUCCAAAAUGGAUUGACGAAAACAGAGCUUUUGAUGUCUACAUGUUAAAAGAAUCGGUACCAGAACUUUACGAAAAGCUUCAACUCGAUAAUCAAAACAUUUGGAAGGACUUUGUCGGAACAACAAAUUCUAGUAUUCCAAAUAUUGUAAACGUGUCGAAUUUUCAACAAGUUUUAAUAACACAAGCACUGAAGCCCGAUAGAUUGCAUAAAGCCUUGACCGAAUUUUCACUCAAUCAACUAAAACUAACCGACUUAUCACCGUCGACGUUGAGCCUAUCUAAAUUGGUCGGAGAAAACACAGAACCGGUGAUGAUAAUAACGUCCAUCGGAUCUGACCCAUCCGACGAGUUGAGAAUGUUGGCCAAACAGAUGACACACGAAAAUUGUAUAGAAAUAGCUAUAGGCGAAGACCGGAGGGAAGUCGAGUCACUGCAGGAACUGUGCAAACAGCCGAAAUGGGUCGUCUUGAAAAACAUACACCUGAGUUCGGAGUCCCUUCUAACGGAGUUGGAAAAACGGUUAAAGUCGCUGGAGAACGUGCACGAGAAGUUCGCGGUGUGGAUGACCGCAGAGCCCAACGAAAAAAUUCAACAUUCGUUCGUUGUUUCGUGCGUUAAAGUCGCGUACGAAGCUCCUCACGGCGUCAAGAGGAACAUGAGACGGGCCUACGACAUCUGGAAGCACGAGCACGUGGUGUGGAAAUCUUCGGACGAAAUGCGAUCUGUUUACGCUUUGGCCUGGUUCCAUUCCAUAGUGUUAGAACGCAGGACAUACAUACCGCAGGGGUGGUCGCAAUAUUACGAGUUCAACGAUUCGGAUUUAACAGCGACCCUGAAAGUCUUACAGAAAUCGAUACAUCGCGAGCAUAGCUCGACAAGAUGGGCAUAUAUUCACGGACUAUGUGAAAAGGCUAUCUACGGCGGCCGGAUCACGAAUAUACAAGACAUUGCUAUUCUCACAACAUAUUUGCGAAGUGUGUUCACAUCGGACAAUGUCAAUUGGAAGGAUGGUAUACCUGGAAUCGUUGAUUUAAAUUCUGGUGACGCAAAGGAUGUCGAGAACGCAUUGAGAAGCGUCCCGGAGCAAGACACUCCAAAACUGUUAGAUUUGCCGGAGAACGUAGACAGGUCAUGGCAAAAGAAACAGAGCACCGAAACAAUAUCACAGUUACGACGCGUCAGCAUUGGCCGCAUCGGAACGAAACUUCACAUAAGGGGCGACUGGCACUUGGAUGUCCAACCCAUUCUGGACCUGUGGAAGGCUUUGAACAGGGGUAUCAACCUAUCUGAGUUGCCGACGAGCAAAAGUGGCGACAGUAACCCGAGGCCGGUGGACGCGUUUUUCAGCCAAGAACUUAACUUCGCUGUUCGGCUGGUUAGAAACGUGCACAAGACCUUAGCCGCUGUAAACCAGACGAUUCGCAGCAACACAAGGCCCUCGACCACAGUGUCUGACACAGUGUUACAUCUUAUCAGACUCCAAACGCCCAAGACUUGGAUGGACCAAUGGAAUGGUCCGAACGAUCCGGUAGCGUAUGUCAGAACGGUCGUGGCCAGAACAAUGUGCGUGAAAAAAAUUAGCGUUUCAUCUGACAAAUUGUCUCAGAAAAUCGACCUUGACGAGCUAUUUCACCCCAGAACGUUCCUGAUAGCGCUAAAACAACAAACAGCCAAACAAUAUGAAAUCCCAAUGGAUAGCCUCAUACUUGAUUGUUCUCUGUCAACUAAUGGAUUGAAAGGUGCCAAGAUCCACACAACAAUAUCAAAUUUGAUUAUAGAAGGGGCUAGGCUCAAUCACAACACACUCGUUGAAAAUACAGCUGAUUCACCAUCAGUAACUAUCAUUGACGACAUUAAACUUGCAUGGAUUCCACAGGAACAUACAAAGUAUAUAAAGAAUUCUGAUUUACCAAUAGCGUUAUAUGAGACACAAUUCAGAGAUAAUUUAAUAUCGUUGCUACCAUUGGGAAUACCAUUAAAUGAACAAAAAAAGUGGAUUUUAGCUGGAGUGACAUUAUUUCUGAGAACACAUUAA